AUGUUGAACUUGGUGGUUGCACUAAGAUCCUCGAUGUGCAUGAUCAUAAAAUCAGCCGGUUUGGUUCCAUACACCGUAGAAACUGAACCAGAAACCAAUCUUCAUUUCUGGUUACCAAAGAAAACCGGCCAUAAACCGGCUGUGUUACUCAUUCAUGGUUUUGCCGGCGAUGGAGUGAUGACGUGGGCGUUACAGGUUCGUUCUUUAUCAAAGAGAUACUCUGUUUAUAUACCGGACCUGCUCUUCUUCGGUAAGUCUUACACUGAUAAACCGGACCGGUCACCGGAGUUUCAAGCCGAGUGUUUGGUUAAGGCUAUGCGUAUUCUUGGCGUGAAUACGUUUGUUCCAGUUGGGUUUAGCUACGGUGGUGUUGUGGCGUUCAAGAUUGCCGACUUGUAUGGGGACAUGGUUAAGGCUUUGGUGGUUUCUGGUUCUCCUCCGGUUAUGACCGAUUUGAAUGUGAACCGGUUUGGGUUUAGUUCAAUUUCGGAUGUCUUGUUACCCAAAACGGUUGAAGGACUAAAGUUUCUACUCUCCACAGCUUUGCAUAAACGCAUUUGGCUCCCAAGUUGGCCCUUAAUAGAUUACCUUAAGACAAUGUUCACAAACAGAAAAGAAAGAGCUGAACUCUUAGAAGCUCUAGUCAUCAAUGGUGACACUACAUUCCCUAGUUUUCCUCAGAAAAUACAUCUUUUAUGGGGUGAAAAUGAUCGCUUCUUCAGUCUUGAAUUUGCUAAAGAUUUGCGAAUGUAA